GACUGAACAGUCCAAAUUUUAUAGAUGUACACACAGAUUUGAACGGAAACUUUUCUUUUCAUUUCUUAAAUCAGUUUGUAAAUAUAAAUGAUAGAGUAAGAUUUGUCGGACAAGCCUCUUCUUGUUUGGAUGAUGAAAACAUGGAUUUAUUUAAUAAUCACAUUGUAAUAAGAAACAUACAAAAUAAAAAAGGAAAAACGUCUAAUGGUGGUAAUACAACAAAGGAACAACAAAAAAAUAACAAUAAAAUUAAUAGUAACAAUAAAAUUAAUAGUAACAAUAAAAUUAAUAGUAACAAUAAUAAUAAUGAAGAGAACGAGAAUGAGAGAAAGGAUGAGGAUGAUAAUUAUGAGAGCUACAGCAUCGACUGGGAACAAAUCAUCGAAAUAUAUGGAAAACCAAGAAAUAUUUUUAAAGGCAUAAACCAAAACUGGACUUGGGUUUCUGAAAAUUACAAAAUGAAAACAUCAAAUGAAAAGUACAUAAAAAUAUGUUAUUGUUUCCAUUUUUAUUAUAAAAAUUGUAAAGAUACUAAAAAUUUUCUAUAUAUAGGAUUAGUACAUAAUCACAUUUGGAAUAGCAAAACAACAAUUAUGCAGAAUGAAUUGGACACAAAUUAUGAAAUAAGUAAUAUGAUAUAUUUUAACAAAGAUUCUAUUAAAUUUGUUGCAAUUAAUUCAUUUAAUGAUUUGAAUAGAAAUGUUUGUAAUAAUAUAAAUUAUGAAAAAAAUAUUAUUAUGCCUUUUUUUCCUGGAUAUAAUACGUUUCAUAAUACGACGAUUAAUGAGAAGAAUAUAAUAAAUAUACUCAAGACAUAUUAUCAUAAUGAAUUUAUUUUUAUAUUAUGUUAUAAUACUGAAUAUUAUAAGAAGAAAACAUUUUUCUUAUUAACAACAAAGGAUAUGACUGAGUUAAAUGAUUUUACAACAUAUACUAAUGAAAAAAUAAAUACAUAUAAUAUAAUACAAUCAAGUUUUUCAUAUCAUUCGGAUAUAAAGGAUAUCUCAACAAAAAAUGAAAACAUUGAAAAAUAUGAACACAUACAAUUAUUAUUACAAAAUAGAGGGAACACACCAAACAUAUUUGAGAAUUAUUUUUAUCUAAAAGAUGUAUAUAAAAAGAAUAAUAUGAGUAUAUAUAAUAUGAAUCCAUAUGUAAUUUAUAAUAAUAAUAAAAAGAAAAUUACAAAUAUACAAGUAAAGAAUAAAUUAAAAAUCAUAUUAACAAAAAUGUAUCAUAUGACAAGUGUGGAUAUUAAUGAAGUUAUAUUCUAUAAAGGUAAAGGAGAAUUAUUAACUGAUCUUAAUUUACAAAAUAUAUUUAUUCUACCAAAACAAAAGAAAGUUAUAUUAUGUUGUUAUAAUGAUGAUUAUAUAGAAGUAGUAAUAAAUGAUGACAACAAAAUUGGCAUGAAAAAAUCAAACAAAAUACAAGAAUUAAUUGAUAUUUUAAAAAAAUAUCAUCCAAAUUUUGAACGAAAUAAAAAAAAACAAAAUGAUAUAUUAGAACAAUUUAAUAAUAUCAAUGAUAUUUUAUUUAAAUAUGAUUAUAUAAGAGAUGUUAACAAAAAUCUAAUUUAUUAUGAUACAGGUUUCUUUAGAAAUAAUAUUUAUAUACAAUUAAUAAAUCAACCAUUUGAUUUAAAAAUAUAUGGAUCAAAUAUACAAAAAAAGAAAAAUAAAGACUAUAUAUUAUAUAUAAUAGAUUUUCAUAAUAUAUGUUAUAAUAAUAUGAACAAAAAUGGAUUUUUCUUAGAACAUAAAAGAUAUAAUGAAAUGGAAAAUUAUAUACACUUUUUACAAAUUUCCAUGAACAAAAUAAAUAAUUACAAAUUGUGUUUAUAUGACAAAGCAAGGGAUAUAUAUUCCAAUGUGGGUAUUUUGAAUAUAACAGAUUAUUAUGUUAUAAAAGAGUCUUCCUUUUUCGACAAUGAGGAUAUAGGAAAUAUAAAAAAAAAAAAUAUGGAAAUUGAUUCUUAUAAUUAUAAUAAUGAUAGUAAUUAUGAUAAUAACUAUGAUAGUAAUUAUGAAAAUAAUUAUGAUAGUAAUUAUGAUAGUAAUUAUGAUCAGAAUAAUAAUACAUAUUACAUUAAAAAUUAUAAUCAAAAUGUCAUCAAAAAUGUAUGCUUAAUUAUGGACAAUAAUACAAAUCUAAUAAUUGUCAUAAAGGGAAAGGGAAGCUUUUAUUUUAAUCUACAAAUGGAAAAAGGAAUAUUUAUAGAGAACAAAGGUCAAAAAUUAAAUGAACUAUUCCCUGAUAUAAAAAACCAUGAACCUAUAUCAUGUAAAAAUAAAAAGAAAAAUACAAUUAUAUUAACAAAAACACAUAUAUUUUUCUACACUAAUAAUUAUGACAUAUCUUUUUCAACAAAACACAACUUACCAUUUCCAUAUGACAUCGAUUUUGAUGACAAGUAUAUAUAUGUAAAUGAUUUAUAUCUAAAUAAAAUUGCACGAAUACAAAUUUUAUCUACUCAAGAUAAUAAAACACCUAUUCCAAUUAUUAAUAAUAAACAAAGAAGCAAAAGAAGUAUUAUUAAUCAUGAUCAUGAAUCACAACAAAAUAUUCAAAAAACACAUCAAACAUAUAAUCAUUUUAAUCCAUUACAUAAGGUAGAAAAAAAAGAAAUAUUACAAAAUAAUAAUAGAGUACAAUUAAAGAAAAAUGAAUUCCCCAUUACAAAUUUGAAAAAUAUAGAAUAUUCAAAAAAUAACAUACCUAAUCAAAAAAUCAGUUCAAAAGAUGACAUAUACAAAAUGAGCGAUUUCCAGGCAUUCAUAAAUAAACAUGCCAAUUUGAUUACUACCAAUUUAUUUCGUUUGUAUAAUUAUUUUGAGAAGAAAAAAUAUUACGGCACUCUGAAUUAUUUUAUUAAGAGAUUAUGGUCCAAUAAUGUAGGACCCUCAGGAGAAGAAAAAUAUUCAACAAAAAGUAAGAUUGAACAGAAUGACAAAAAUAAAAACAACAACAACAAUAAUAAUAAUAAUAAUAAUAAUAAUAAUAAUAACAUAAAUGAUAAUUAUAAUUAUAAUAACCACAACAACAGCGACAAUAUCAUCCUUAACAGCAAUAAUUAUAAUAAUAAUAAUCAAAGUAGCGGUCAUCAAAAUUUUAUUACUAGUUAUCACGUCGGUGUUGACGGAAAAAAAAAACAAACUGAAAACUUACCUACACACUCUUUAAAUAAUUUUAUUCAAUUUUUUCAAAAUAAAAAAAAUUCUAUCCUUAAAAAAGAAAAAGAAAAAAGGAAAAAUAUUCCAUCAUAUAAUAUAAUGUAUCAAAAUAUUAACCAUAUAUCAAACACAUUAAAUAAAAGAAAACAACAAGAAUUAACAAGCUCGAUUAUAAAGAAAAGAACCAAAAGAAAUGUUCAGGAGAAACGUAUGAGCCAAUCAGCUUAUAAUGAACUUAUUUUAGCAAGUAUCAAAAAAUAUACAAAUAAAGUAGAACCUGCACAUUUUGUAAAUAAUAAACUUGAUUAUUUAAAUUAUAUAACAAAUUUAAAAAGUCCAUUAAAUAUCAGUGUACAAAAUAAUAUCCUAUAUAUUUUAGAUUCUAUAAAAAAUACUUUUUUUAGUUACAAUCUGAUAAAUAAAGAAAUUAAAGAAUUAGAAAAAUACGAUUUUAAUGAUCAUCCAUUAAUUUUAAAAAACCCUUUACAUUUUUCCAUAUACAAUGGUAUAAUAACAGAAUAUACAGAACAUAAAAAUAACUUAGCUUUUGUUACACAAAUUGAUAGUAACGAAAUAAAAGUAAUUGAUUUAAAUAAUAGUAAAAAAUAUAAAAUAAUCAAAGCAAUUAAACUAAGGAAAGGAUAUAAACAUAAUCACAUAAAUUAUGUUAUAGGAAUAAAACAAAAAUUAUUAAUAAUAACAUCACAAAGUCAAAAUAUUAAUCAUUAUAAAAAUAUUAUUUAUCAUUAUCAUUUUAAUUCUUUUGAUCAAUAUUUUAGUAUAUCUUUUAAUUAUACAUUCGCCAAAAAUUAUAAUGCAAAUGAUAAUUUGUAUAUUACUCCAGAUAUAGAUAAAUAUAGUGAUCAUAUAAUAUACUUUUGUUUUCUAAAUUCAAAUAAUAAAUGUACAAAUAUUGAUGAACUAACCAAGUUGUCUAUAUCUCACGAAACAGGAAUAAUAACAGGGAAACUAAAUUAUUUUGGUACCUUUUCCUUAAAAAUAUUUGCAAAAACAUAUUUUCAAUAUAAAAUUAAUACAUACACAAAUUUAUAUUCCUAUUGUGGUAUUAGUCAAGAAUAUAAUAAAACAAAAUCGACAUGUGAAAGUUGUCCUAUAGGUACUUUUUGGAAUAGCGAAAAAUUAUUAUGUGAAAAUUGUCAAAAAUAUAUUGAAAAUACUUCUACGUUAAAAAAUGGAUCCAAAUUAAAAACAGAUUGCUUAUGUUCCCCAGGAUAUGAAUAUUCUGAUAAAUCAUCCAAAUGUGAAAAAUGUAAACCUGGAUAUUAUAAAAGAAGUGUUGGAAAUUUUAUAUGUAUUAAAGGUUGCCCAAUAAAUGAAAAAAGUAUUACAUAUGGUGCUAAAAGUUAUGGAGAAAUGGAUUGUAAAUGUAUUGAAGGAUAUUAUAGAAAAGAAGAUAAAUGUGUUUUAUGCUUAUCAAAUUAUUAUUGUCCAGGAAAUGAAUUAAUAAAAGCAUGCGAUAAAAAUAAAAUAUCGAAAGAAGGAGUUAUACAUAAAAAUGACUGUAUAUGCAAAGAAAAUUAUAUAAAAGAUAAUACAAAUAAUAAUUGUGUUUAUUGUGCUUCUAUAGCAAAAAUUUUAAGGAAACCAAUUUAUUGCUCUUUAUGUGAUCCAAUUUAUUUUCAUGAAGAUAUUUAUAAAAAUAUAUUUCUACUUCCUAAUAAUAUACAUAAUUAUGGAUUAAUUAAUAAUAUAUAUAAUUAUGAUGAAGAUUUAUCUUUACAAGGAAAUAUUAUGAAAUAUGCAUAUUUUCAUAAAACAACAAAUAUUGAAAGAAAUUUUACACACUAUAUAAAUAUUAAAAAUAUAUAUCAUACAUUUAAUAAUAAUAUUAAUAAUUAUGAUUAUUUAAACAACUCCAAAUUUGCUAUCGAAAUAGAUAUUCCUCAACCAAAAAAAUGUAUUUUUUGUGAUAGUGGAUAUUAUAUAAAAAAAAAAAAAUGUAUUUCUUGUACUACAAAAUAUUGUGAAGGAUUUAAUCAUCAUCCAAAAGCAUGUCCUAAAAAUUCAGUUGUAAAUAAAAUGAAGGCUUCUUCUAUUUUUGAUUGUUCUUGUAAACGUGGAUAUGGAAUAUUAAAUGAAAGAAGAAAUGCAUAUAGUAAUACAAUUACAUGUCAAAUAUGUCCACAAAAUUUCUUUAAACAUAUUAUAUCAGAUGAUUCAUGUUUCCCAUGCCCAUUAUAUACAUAUACUUUAAAUCAAGGAGCAACAUCUAUAUUAGAAUGUUUACCAAAAAAAGGAUAUUUCAUUUAUAUGUUUCAAAAUAUUAAUAUAGACUAUUUAAGAUAUAAAUUUGAUAUAAAUACAGAAAAUAGAAUAUAUAAUUAUUUUGAAAAUAAUAAUAGAAUAUUUGAUGAAGAUGUAUAUAACUUCUUUUUAAACAAACAGUAUUCAAAGUUUUUUUAUAAUACAGAACAUAAAACAAAUACUAAUACUAAUAAUAAUAAUGAUAAUAAUAAUAAUAAUAAUAAUAACAACAACAACAACAACAACAACAACAACAACAACAACAACAAUAACAAUAACAACAACAACCACAACAACAACAAUAACAAAUAUAUAAAAGAUAAUCAUUUCGAUAAUCAAGUGGGAAAUAUAAACAAACAUAAUAAUAAUUUACAAAUAAAAAAUACAGAAAAUAUUUAUAAUAUACAAUACUUGGAACAUUUAGGAUUUAUCAAAAAAACUUCAUUGUUCUAUAUUUAUAUGAUACUCUUAAGAAAUAUUGAAGAACGAUAUAAUUUUAAUAUGGAUAAGAUGUUAAAAAUUACCUGUCAUAUAAAUCUUCAUUUAAAAAAAAAUCCACACUUCACUAUUACAUAUAAAAAAAAUUUACAAGAAUGUAUAGACAGUUGCAAAACUAAUAUAUAUUGUACAGGUAUUGAAUUUUCAAGGAAGAGAGUAGAAUAUACUCAAAUAAUCUUAAAAAAUAAUAAAAAAAUUAUACUUGGAUAUUUUAAAUGUAAACAAUUUUAUUUCCAAAAUAUCUAUGAUUAUUCUUCUUAUAAUUUAGAUUCUUACUUAAAUGAACAUAUAGAAAACCAAAUAAAUAUUAAAAGUACAUUAACAUAUACAAAUUUUAUUAUGAGAAACAAAUCAGAUAUUAUUUAUACUUGUUCGAUUGAUAGAGAUCCUAAAUAUUUACUAUAUAAAAAUUACAAACUAGUAGAAUGUGUUAUAGGAAAAUUCUGUCCAGGUAAUAAUACUCCAUAUAUGAUAUCAUGUCCUAUUAAUUCUACAACAAUAAUACCAGCAUCAGCAGAUGUAAAUAAAUGCUUAUGCCUAAAAGGUUAUUCCUAUGUAGGAGUUACAUCUUAUAGGUGUUCUUUAUGUGAUAGGGGAUCUUAUAAAAAUUCAGUAGGUAAUAAUAAAUGUGAUAAUUGUCCCUUAACAUUUUCAACAACACAUAGAGGAUCAACAAAUAUUAAGGAUUGCUCUUGUACAUCUGGAAAUUAUCUGACAUUUGAUACCUUGGGAAAUUUUAUACGUACUGAAAAUAUUCAGCAUAAAAAUAUUAGUGAUCAAUAUUUUGUUAUACCCAUAAAACAGGAAUCUCAACCUGAAAAUGAAAAAAAAGAUGAUGAUAAAAAUAUAAAUAUUUAUAAUGCUAAUAAUAUUUACAACCAUAAUAUAGUUUACAAAACAAAAAUGAUCAAAAUUAAUUUGCAUAAAGAAAAUGAUAAUAACAAUGAUUAUAUGAACAACAUAUUAAAACAAACUAUAGGUUUAUGUAAACCAUGUACUUUGGAAAACCAUUAUUGUGAAGGCGGGUUAGAAUCGGACAUCACUUUUAAUAAUAAACUUAUUAAAGGUAAAUUUCAUACCUUACCCAAAAAAUGCCCAAGGGGAUUAGGUAUUCCAAAUAUAAUUAAAGAAAGAAAUUCAAUAAAUAAUUGUUUGUGUAUACAUGGAAAGGUUCAAAGAACCACACAAAAUAAAAACGUGGAAUGUUUCCCAUGCCCUCCUAACACAUUCAAAGAAAAUGAAUACGAUAACAGUUGUUCAGGUGCUUGUCCUCCAUUUUCCACUACCUUUGUUGGUUCAUCUUAUGAAAACCAGUGCUUUUGUAAAAAUAAUUAUUAUCUUGUAUCUACGGAUGAUGAGAAUGACACGAAUACAAACAGCAUCAACAAUAACAAAAACAUUUACAAUAACAACAACAUCUACAAUAAUAACAACAACAACAACAAUAAUAAUAAUAAUAAUAAUAAUAAGGGUGAUGUAAAAAAGAAGAGUUGUAAAAUAUGUCCCAUAGGGGCUAUAUGUAAUAGAGGAUUUAAUAUAUAUAUAUAUCUAAAACUAUUAAAUGAUAGAUCAUAUAAUAAUAUAAAUGUAAUAGAUCAUGAAACACCUUUUCCUAAAUAUGGAUAUUAUGCAGUAUACAGAGAAAAAAGAAAUCCAACCAAAUUAUGGAGCCCAUUAGAUGAUAGCCCAAAUUUAAAUUAUGUCUAUCCUUAUCACAAAUUGCUCUUAUUUAUUCAAAAAUAUAUACAAAAGGGAAAUUAUUUCUUUUUAGAAAAAGGGACUAAAUUUUUUCUUAAUGAUGAUUUUGUGGAAAAAAUGAAUGAAAAGAGCAAAUAUGAAGAAGAAAAUGCAAAUAAAUUUGUAACAAAAAGUGAAAUAAAACAUAAUGUCAAUACAAAUAAUCUAAAAGGAAAACAUAACACACUUAAUAAUCAUAAUAAUAUUAAUAAAAGUACAUCCUUUUUGAACCAAAAUAAUAUACAUCAAAAUAAUUACAAUGAUGAUAUUAUUCAAUUAUCCAGUUAUGAAAAUAAUCCAUUUAAAAAAUUGUCCUCAACAUCUAAAGUUUCAUCAAACAAUAAUGUUAUUUCCUUUAUACAAAAUAAUGAUAAGACAAAUAAUUCAACAAAUGAUAAUAAUAUAGAAAAUCUUGAUAAUAUUUUUAAUAAAUAUGUUCAGGAAGCUAAAGAAUUACAAAUACAAAAUAGAAAAUUUGAAAGGAUACCAGAUAUACAUCCAUGUACUAUUCCAAACAGAUGUCUUGGUACCUUAAUAAAUUUGUGUUCAGAAGGUUCAACAGGAUAUCAAUGUAAUAAUUGUUCAAAAAAUUAUGACAUUUCUUAUUUUAAAUCGAAAUGUAAAAAGUGUCAAAAUUUUUUCUAUGAAAUAUUACAUUUCAUAUUAUUAAAAUUAUUAUAUUAUAUAAUUGUUAUAUUUAUAUGUUCUCUUAAUGGUAAUAUUUUAAAUAAAUUACAUGUUAGUGGAAUAUUAAUGAGAAUAUGGUUAAAUUGCUCUUUUACUUUUAUAGCUUAUGGAUUUUUUAUUCCUAACAUGAAUUCAUUUAUUUCGAAAUAUUGGUAUCUAUAUAGAACAGCUUUCUCUUACCAUAUGAAAAUUUUUGCUUACUACCUAAGGGUACAAUGUCUUUUUAAUUCGUUAAAUAUUAAUUUGUCAUAUAAUCAAAUGUGGUAUAUACAAAAAUAUAUGAAUAUAUGUACUCCUAUAUUUGAUUCUAUAUUUAUAACAAUCUUAUUGUUUGCCGUAAUACAUAUAUACAAAUUCUUAUUUUACAAAAAGAAUAUUGAUAUAUUCGAACAAUUAUUGUGUACUAUUCCUGAGUUAAAUACAUUAUAUAAAAAGAAUUGUAUAGAUAAUAUUCAUAAAGUGGAAAAUAAAAAACGUGCAAAUAAAGUUGAGAGUUUUGAAGAAAAUAAAAAUCAAAAUAAAGAGAAAAAAAAUAAAAAAAACAUAAAGAGAAUGAACAAAGCUAAAAAUAAAGAUAAUAAUAAUGAUAAUGAUAAUAAUAAUGAAAAUAAUAAUGAUAAUAAGAAUAAUAAUUAUGAUAAUGAUAAUAAUAAUAAUAUUAAUAAUAAUAAUAAUAAAAAAAUUAACAUUAAUUCUAAGGAUGAACAGAUAAACCAUUUUAAAAAAUGCCCAAGCAUUACAACCAUACUAAAUAAUUUGGAACUAAACGACGAAGAAAAAAAUAAGGAAAGUAAGAAAAAAAUAUUCGACAUAAAGAAAAAAGCAUCCAUAGAAAAUAUUCAGGAAAAUGAAACAAACCAUUUAUGGAAUCAUACACAUAAUAAUGUAAAAAAUAAAGAAUCCAAUAUAAACAUAACAAAUAUAAGUAAUAACAUAAAUUAUGAAUUAAAAUAUAUUAAAAAUAAAGAGUGGUAUAAUAUAUUCUUAAAUAAAACUAUUCAAUAUAUAUAUAAAGAAAAAAAAAUAUUUGGAUUAUGGCAUUUCAUAUUUACAAAAAAUGAUAACUGGUUUAAAAAUAUGGGAACAUUUUUAAAUGAUACACUUCCUUGUUAUGUAUUAAUAAUGAUAUUGUCCAUACCCUACAUACUUUUAGAACUUGUACAAUUAACGUAUUGUACACCUAUCAAAUAUAAAUCACAAAAAACAUAUUUUUAUUUAACAUAUCUUAUUACACAGAAAUGUAGUUUGUCGUCUAAAUUAUUUAUAACAGGAUUAAUUGUAACUAUUGCAAGUUUUGCUUCUUAUAUAUUCCUAUGGAUUCUUUUAUUAUAUUUAUAUUCAAAAAGAAAAAGAUUGAAUUUGUUCGAUUUAUUAACAACCAAUUUAUUAUCAGGUUAUAGAAAAGGAAAAGGCAUAUUUGAAUUCAUAUUUUUAUUAAAACAUAUUUUAAUCGUAUUAUUAAUAUCUUUUAAUAUAUAUCAUGAAUUCUAUUAUAUUGUUUUUCUUACAUUAAUAUUAAUUACCUUUGCUAUUCUAGAAAUUUUAUCAAAUCCAUAUGAUAAGAGAUCAUUUAAUAUACUUAAUAAAUCAUUAAAUAUCGGAAAUGUAUUAAAUAUAUUUUUCCCUUUAAUUAUUUGGGGAAGCUUUUAUUGGACAUACGAAAAAUUUUUUAUAAUUCCUAUAUUUGUUAUAUAUGCUUAUCACAUUUAUAUGUUUCAUCAUAUAGUUAAAGAAUUUACACUAUCCAUACAUUUUAUAAAGAAAGAAAAUAUUGUUAAUAUUCAAACCAUUGGAUAUGAUCCAGAAAAUAUAAAAAAUAAAAAUUACAAAAUAUAUUAUAAAGUUAUGAACAAAAUUAAAUACUUCCUUAAUAAAAACCAGAAGAAAAAUAUUUCAAAUAUCAAUGAAAAUAAAGACAAACAUUUGAAUAAAAAUAAUAAUUCAAAAGAUCACGUAAAAUUUGAACCAAUUGAAAAUAUUAUAAAAAGAUAUAAUCUUAAAUUAAAUAAAGGUAUACUCAAAGAUGCAAAUAAUAAUAAUAAUAAUAAUAUGCGUGAUCAGGUGGAGGACAAUAAAAAGGAUAUAUUAUUUAUUAAAAAAAAUGUUUUACCUGUUAAUGUACAUAAUGUGGCUUCCAUUUGGUAUGAUGAACAGAAUGAAGAUUUAUUAUUUCAGAUGCCAUACCAAAAUAAAUUCUGUCUGAAUAUGAAUAAUGAAGGGAAUGAAAAUAAUGAUCAGAUAAAUGAUCUAACUAAGGAUAAAACAAGUGAAGAAGAAAAUAAUAAUGAUCAUGUAAAUGUUCCAACGAAAGAUAAAACAAAUGAUAAGAAAAAAAAAAUAAAAAAAAAAAAUAAUAAUAAUAAUAAUAAUAAUGAAAAUAACGAUCAUUCAAAUGAUAAUAGUAACAACAAAAACAACAACAACAAUAAUAAUAAUAAUAAUGAAAAUAACGAUCAUUCAAAUGAUAAUAGUAACAACAAAAACAAUAAUAAUAAUAAUAAUAAUAAUAAUAAUAGUAAUAAAGAGGUACAUGAAAAUGAUGAUAAUAUAAAUCAUAACAACAUAAAUAAUCAUAAUAAGAGCUCUAAUAUUUCUACUACAAACAAGAAAAACUACUUUAAUAAAUUUUCAGAUUAUAUAAUUGAUAAACGAAAUAAAAAAAGCAUUAAGUAUUUUGUUACAUCUCUUAUGGAAGUUAUUGAAAAGUUUUUAGAUUCUUCUACACACGGUUUUAUUUACGAAAAUUGGUUCGAUUUUACUAUCCGUUUUGCAUUCGUAUAUAUAUCAUGGAUCAAAAAAUGCAACAAAAAAAAUAAUAUUAUGCUGCCUAUGAAUAUACAACAAUUACAUAUUCAUAUGGACCUUUUUAUAUUUACACCUAUAUUUUCAAAAAAUAAUUCUACUUGUAUAAAUGAACAAUAUAUACAAAAUUACUCCAAGAAAAAAAAAAUAUACAAUAAAAUAAAUAUGUAUGAUGAAAAAAUAGAGACUGGUGAACUACUUGAAAAACAUAAUAGUUUUGAAAAUACAGAAAUAAAAAUUAGUCGCAGUUUUGGAUCACACAAUUAUAUGCCAAACAUAAAAAAUAGGAAAAACAAUUACGAUAAAAAAGAAGAUAUUACUUCUAUAAAUAAUAUAAAUGUAGAUAUUGUAAAGCAAGAUGAUCAAAAGGAAGAUUCAAACAUCAAUCUUCUUACAAAUGAACACAAUCAAAAAGAACCUUCUAAGCAUAUAUACAAUAUUAAUGAACAAAAUAAUAUGGACUAUAAUAUAGAUGAAAAUAUCUCUAAAAAUAAUGAAAAAGAAAAACAUAUUAAAAUACCCCAAAAAAACAUUUCCUUAAGUCAAAAAGAAUAUUAUAAUAAUAAUGAUAUUUUUAAUUAUUCUUUAGAUAUUUUUUCAUCAGAAAUGUUUAAUGAAAAAAUGUUUCAUAGUAUCAUAUCAUUAUUCGAAUUAUAUAUGGCUAUAAAAACAUUAAAAUUAAUGAACCCACAUAUUUUUAAUAAACUAUAUCAAAUGUAUAAUAAAAAAAUUAUAACAUUCGAUACUAGUGUUAUGUUUUAUAUUAAUAAACUCAGAGAUGACAUAAAAUCAGAAAUUGAACAAAUUGAUAAAGAAAUAAAUACAGGAGAUACAACAGAAAAAGAAAGAAUUCAAAAUUAUUAUUAUUACAAAGAAGAAUUAAUUAAAAGAAAAAAAUUAGAAGAAGAAUUAUUAUCUAAAAUUAAAAGUCUUGAAGAAUGUAUUGAAGUAAACAAACGAUCACAAUCGUUAAGAAAUAUGUUAUUAACAAAAAAGAAAAAAAACAAUAAUCUAAAUACUGAAAAUCUAGAGCAACAUAUAAAUUAUAUCUUUUCCCAUUUACAUAAUGAAGGCACAUAUAAAUUAAAUCAUUCUCAAAAUAUGGACAAAAAAACUUAA